AUGCCAGGAAUGGUCAGUAAAAACCCAGACCUCGAGUUCGACUCCUUGCAGCCCUGUUUCUACCCGGACGAAGAUGAUUUUUAUUUGUGCGGGCCGGACUCCGCUCCCCCCGGGGAGGACAUCUGGAAGAAGUUUGAGCUGCUGCCCGAAGAUGAGGAGGAAGAGGAUGAAGAAGAAGAAGAAGAAGAAGAAGAAAUAGAUGUUGUGACAGUGGAGAAAAGACGCUCCUCCUCCAACAAGGCUGUUACCACCCUUACGAUUACAGUGCGUCCUAAAAAUGCCACUUUUCCAUCAGUCAGGACACAGCAGAAUGAACUGAUUUUAAAGCGUUGCGCACCGAUUCACCAGCAGCAUAAUUAUGCGGCUCCUUCUCCCUACAUGGAGAGUGAAGAUGCUCCACCGCAGAAAAAGCUAAAAACCGAGGUGCCCCGUCCAGUAAAACCCACGAUCCAACCAAAGUCUAAGAGUUCAAGUCCUCGAAACUCUGAUUCAGAGGAUAGCGAACGUCGACGCAACCACAAUAUCCUGGAGCGUCAGCGGCGUAAUGAUCUACGGUCAAGUUUCCUCACAUUAAGGGACCAUGUUCCAGAACUGGUUAAAAAUGAGAAAGCUGCAAAAGUUGUGAUCUUGAAAAAAGCCACUGAAUAUGUUCACUCCCUUCAGGCAGAGGAGCAGAAGUUAUUGUUAGAAAAGGAAAAAUUGCAAGCCAGACAACAACAAUUGCUAAAGAAAAUAGAAUACAAGCGGACUUGCUAAACUUUUGCUUAGUUUUGUUUUGUUUUUGCUGACCAGGACAGUCAUUGCCACUUUGCACAUUUUUGAUUCUUUGAAAAAAAUUGUGUUUUUUGACGUUAAGAAUGUUGGUUUUACUUUCAAUCCAGUCCCUGAAGUAAUCGACAAACUAUAUUAUCCGGGUACGGAGCAAAUGGAUGUUCUUGCAAGGAGUUUAUUGCAAGACCACCAAACAAGAAUGGACUGCCUUCGUUUUUCUUUUUAAGAACUGUAGAUGGUGGGGAUUUUUUUUUUUUUUAAAUUGUGAGCAUUUGGAGCUGCUGAUGACAUCUAGUUGAGUUUUAAAAUGUUCAUUCCUAAGUUUUAUGGUGCUUAUGUUCUAACAGAUGUUACUUUAGGGGUUGGCAUUUGUACCCCUGUGGGAAUUUUCUGUAAAUACCAUCUACACACUUGCCUUUUGUACAUGUCUUGGGUUAUGAGAGGUGGCUUUUGCUGCCAGUGUUAGACUGGAAGUUCAUACCUAAGUACUGUAAUACCUCAAUGUUUGAGGAGCAUGUUUUUGUAUACAAAUAUAUUGUUAAUCUCUGUUAUGUACUGUACUAAUUCUUACAUUGCCUGUAUACUUUAGUAUGAUGCUGAUACAUAACUAAAUUUGAUACUUAUAUUUUCGUAUGAAAAUGAGUUGUGAAAGUUUUGAGUAGAUAUUACUUUAUCACUUUUUUGAACUAAGAAACUUUUGUAAAGAAAUUUACUAUAUAUGCCUUUUCCUAGCCUGUUUCUUCCAGUUAAUGUAUUUGUUAAUGUUUGGUGCAUAGAACUGGGUAACUGCAAAGUUCUGUGUUUAAUUUCUUCCAGCGAUGUACAUUUAGUGCUGCGUCUUAUAGCACUUUGAAAUACCUCAUGUUUAUGAAAAUAAAUAGCAAUUACAUGAUGUG